CAACAAUCAAAUUUCCCCACCAGCUGUGCACCCGAAGCCGACCUUCAGGCUUCUGCUGGACCUCAAUUUUCCACUCUCCGCCAGUCUACAACUCGUCUUUUGGGCCAACUGUCGCCUCUUCAAUCUGCUUACUUCACCCUUUGACCGAACUCGCUUGCGUCUUUUGAAAUCGACAUCAAGAUGCGUGAAAUUAUCAGCUUGAACGUCGGCCAGGCCGGGUGCCAAAUCGCCAACUCGUGCUGGGAGCUUUACUGCCUUGAGCACGGCAUCCAGCCCGACGGCUACCUCACUGAGGAGCGCAAGGCCGCCGACCCGGACCAUGGCUUCAGCACUUUCUUCUCUGAGACCGGCAACGGCAAGUAUGUGCCGCGGACGAUCUACUGCGAUCUCGAGCCCAACGUCGUCGACGAGGUCCGCACCGGCCCCUACCGCGGCCUCUUCCAUCCCGAGCACAUGAUCACCGGAAAGGAGGAUGCCUCCAACAACUAUGCCCGUGGCCACUACACGGUCGGCAAGGAGCUGAUCGACCAGGUGCUCGACAAGGUCCGCCGGGUUGCCGACAACUGCAGCGGGCUCCAGGGCUUCCUGGUCUUCCACUCGUUCGGCGGUGGCACCGGUUCGGGCUUUGGUGCUCUGCUCAUGGAGCGUCUCUCGGUGGACUACGGCAAGAAGAGCAAGCUCGAGUUCUGCGUCUACCCUGCUCCCCAAACCGCCACUUCCGUGGUCGAGCCUUACAACUCGAUCCUUACCACCCAUACCACCCUCGAGCAUGCCGACUGCUCCUUCAUGGUGGACAACGAGGCCAUCUACGACAUCUGCCGCCGCAACCUCGGCCUCGAGCGCCCCAACUUUGAGAAUCUCAACCGUCUGAUUGCUCAGGUUGUCUCCUCCAUUACCGCUUCGCUCCGUUUCGACGGCUCCCUCAACGUCGACUUGAACGAGUUCCAGACCAACCUGGUCCCUUACCCGCGCAUCCACUUCCCGCUCGUUGCCUACGCUCCCGUCAUCUCGGCUGCCAAGGCGGCCCACGAGGCCAACUCGGUCCAGGAGAUGACCAUGUCCUGCUUCGAGCCCAACAACCAGAUGGUCAAGUGCGACCCCCGCCACGGCAAGUACAUGGCUACUUGCCUGCUGUACCGUGGCGACGUCGUCCCCAACGACGCCCACGCCGCCGUGGCGACGCUCAAGACCAAGCGGACCAUCCAGUUUGUCGACUGGUGCCCGACUGGCUUCAAGCUCGGUAUCUGCUACCAGCCUCCCCACCAGGUGCCCAACGGCGACCUUGCCAAGGUCAACCGCGCUGUCUGCAUGCUCUCCAACACCACCGCCAUCGCCGAGGCUUGGUCCGCCCUCUCUUCCAAGUUCGAUCUCAUGUAUUCGAAGCGCGCCUUCGUCCACUGGUAUGUCGGCGAAGGUAUGGAAGAGGGCGAGUUCUCGGAGGCUCGCGAGGAUCUUGCGGCUCUGGAGCGCGACUACGAGGAGGUUGCUGCCGACUCGAUGGAGGGCGAGGAGGUUGAGGCCGAGUACUAAGCCAGCCUACGCUAGCUUGGUGAUGGUUUUCUUAACAACAGGCGGUUUAUUAAUAAACCCUUUGACUUGGGAACCGUUGGAAGUGGUCCCUUAUAAUAUGGGCAUUCUUGGCAAUCGCGGGCCCGUGAUCUCUUCUGUUAGACGGAAAGUGUAGUCAAUUUUAAUCAAGGACCAAAAGUAUCCGGUACACUGCUGCC